GCCAUAAGGGUAGGAAUCAGAUUUUGUAGGACUAUGGGUAGAAGGGAGGAGCUCAACCUUUCACUUUAAAAAUAGACUCGAUUCACUCCCUGGGUAAACAAUACACUCUACAUACACAGAGAGAGAGGGGGAGAGAUGGGGAGUUUCUCAUCUAAAACAAGAUCUAAGGGUUGUGGAAUCUUUUGCCAAGAGGGUUCAGACCCAGAUCACGAAAUCGUUCGAUUUUCAGAUGAACACAACAAAAACCCACAAUCUCAAUUGUCCAACAAUGAGGCGGCCAAUAAUGAGAAUAAAAACCAGAAAACCCAAGUUUUUGUUGAAGGUUACUAUAUAGAGGCAGCAGCUGAUGGGGAGGAGGAUAGUAAUCUGAUGAGGACAAAGAGCUUGACUGAGGCGGAUUUGGAUGAGCUGAAGGGGUGUUUUGAUCUUGGGUUUGGGUUCAGCUACGAUGAAAUCCCUGAGCUCUGCAACACCUUGCCUGCUCUUGAGCUUUGUUAUUCCAUGAACCAGAGAUUUCUUGAUGAUCACCAGAAGCUGCCGGGGUCGCCGGCGGCGGCGGGAAUGGUCGCCAAUUGGAGGAUCUCUAGUCCAGGUGACCAUCCAGAAGAUGUCAAAGCGAGGCUCAAAUAUUGGGCACAGGCAGUGGCAUGCACGGUCCGAUUGUGCAACUAGCGAGAAGAAAUUAUUGUCACUUGGGGAUUAAUGUAGAUACGCAUUCUUCUUCAAAAUCUGGUACAGUAUCACUUGGGGGGGGACCUGCUGCUUAGGCCCGUUUUGACUUAAUAAUCCUUUUUUUUUUCUUUUUCCUUUUGUUAUGUUUGCAUAAGUUUUUUAUGCAUUAUUGGUUCGCCUCCACAAGAGAAUUAAAUCUGAAAAAUUAAACAAUUUUGAUCAAAAUAUUCAAAAAGUUCACCUAACACAAAAAUAAUCCAAAACCGACAGACGUCUUGGAUUAUUUUUUGUCUUUAAUAAAAAAUUAGUUUUGUACAUAUUGAAUUAUUUUCUAGUUCAUCUUGUGGAGAAAUCCAACAACGCACAAAAAUUGACGCAAAAUUAACAAAAUGUGAAAAAAUAUGAAUAAAGACAAAAAAUAAUCGGGCUUGAUUAUUAAGCCAAAACACUGCUUCAUGGGAUUGCUUCGCACGGGAUCAAGAGUUGCUUCCAUUCUUUAUCCGGAGAUGGAUUUACGACCGGACCCGUCUGCGAUUAGGUGGAAGUUUAAAGUAGAAGAUGGAAAAUAAGACAAAAGACUAGAGGAGAGAGAUUGUUCGAGGCCUCAAAUUGUUGAAUUAUCGGAUAGAAGUCUGAUGCAAUUUGCUUAGGGCUGGAAUUUGUUGAUAAAUUUGUCGAGUACAUUGAGAAUAAAGUAUGACAUGAAUAAAUGUCUUUCUUCUCUUUGAACAUGAUAUUUCUUUUUAAUUUUUGAAUCCGUGUCAGGAUCAUUAACCAUGGAUCCAAUCCAAAAUGUACCGAUUAAUUAGUUCGAUUCGGACUGGUUUCGA